UUGGCGCACAGACUUAUGUUCGGUGGUGGUGGAGGUUUUGGUACUACUCCUAUUUUUAGUGCUUCAUCUUAUAAUACUUCAAAUGCUAACUCUUUUACUGGAAAUAAUCUUAACCAAGGAAAAGGAGUGUUUGGGAGUGCUACUCCUUUUACUUCAGGAACUGGUAAUUUUCAGGGUUCAGGGCUUAACACUGUUUCUACAGGAAUUUUUGGCGGAGGAAGUGGAAGCGGGGCUUCUUCCAAUUUUACUCAAACACAAAAUUUAUAUGGAGGCACUACCGGGCAGUUUAGCACUGCCCAAAGUCAUAACUUUGGGGGCGGUUUUAAUAGCGGUAACUCUAGUAUGAGUGGUAGUCAAGGUACUACUACGUUUGCUCCCUCUGCCUCCGGUGGUUUGUUCGGUUCAUCUUUUGGGGUAAAUUCUAGUGCAGCUGGGAGCACCCACGUUUCGGCCUCUCCUUUCAGUGGCAACAAAAAUGGUUUUAGUAGCAACUUUGGAGGUUUUUCUGGUGGUUCUCAAGAUACUUUUAAUAAGUCUUUUCUUUCGACGCCUGUGAGCUCCAGCGUAGGAAGUUCUGGAUUUAUCGCAGGCCCUACUAGUGCACACACUUUUGGCGGUACCGGACUUUUUGGAAGCAACGCAGGAACUUCUUCUCAAGGUGUCGGGAGCCUCAUGGGUAGCGCCUUCAAAAGUAGCUUUGGCGGCGGUCCCACAAACACAGUGCCCUCUGCUUUUGGUGCAACGCCUGCAGGAGGGACAGCUAAUACACCCUACCAAGCAACUUUCGAGCAAGAACUCGAUUCGCAAAAAAAAAUGGUGCGGCAACAAAUCGAGUCGAUCUGUGCUAUGAAUUGUUAUGGCGAUAAAUCUUACGAGGAAUUGAGAUACGAAGACGCCAAUGCGGGACGCAAGCCCUCUUUGACGACAGGCGCAGGCUUUAUGACUUCUGGGGCUCAGCUUUCGGCAAGUGCGCCGUCGCCUUUCGGGCCCUCCAACACUGCUGGCCGUUUUGGUGCUUUUGGUGGCAGUCCAGCGAGUCAUACUCAGACUAACGUGCCAAGCUUUUCUCAGAGCGCCGUUACGAAUUUUGGAGCGAGUAACCCUACCGGCGCUUUUGGCAGCAGUGGCGGUAUUUUUGGAGGCGCUUCUGGUAACCAACCCGUGACUUCUGGCUUCACUACAAGCCAACAGCCCCCCGGCCUUCCUUCCGCAGCACCUUUUGGGGGCAACCAGUUUGGUCAGAAUAAAGAAGCCACUUCGCAGCCCAGCGUGUUUGGAGGAAGUGCUUUCGGGGCUCAGAAUCCACCUGCAACCGCAAGCGCCUUUCAACAAGCUCCCGGGGGGUUCGGCUUUGAGCCUAACAAGUCCAGUUUUACUGCAUUUGGCGGCUCCACUGGCGGGACGGCCGAAAGCGGCUUUGGUUUUAAUGUAAGCACCAGUAAUCAACUGGGAACUGGUUUUGGUCAGCAGCAGUCUACAGGCUUUCCGAAGUUUGGUGCUAGUAAUACAACUAUUCCCGGCCAGUCAACCUCAAUUAGCGCGUUGGGCAGCGGGUCAUCCACGUCUUUCGGCGUGACUCCAUCUACUGGUUUUUUUGGCGGAAGCAGUUCCACAGCGUCCGGCAACGCUUUUGGGCAGCAGCAGACACCCCAGUCUUUUUCUACGCAUACCCCAUACCAGCAGCCUUUCUUUGCCCCUCCAACUCCUGCGCAGCCACCACCCUCGUUGGCACUAGUCGGGCUACAGUCGCCAUAUUCUCUUCCUAUAGCCACUGACUUGAAGAAAAGUUUGAACCACAUUCCCGUUAUUGACCGCGUGAAAGUUGCCCGCGAAAAGGCUGUUUUGGGUAGCUCUAUUUUUACAACUACUGCUAAGCCAGCGAGCAGUGUGUUGGGCGGGAACCACUUAUCACCAUCUGCAUAUGCGCCGAUCCUUUCUGAUGUCCACAGGCCUCUCCCCAAGAUUGCUUUAGGCUCUCCUGGCAGCCCCGCAGGCGGGUUUGGCGACGAGGAACCGCCAGAACGCACUUCCGCUAAGCUUUCUGUUAAAGUUUUACGCCUUGUGGGGGGCGGCCUUCCUCCUCCCUUAAGUGCAACUCCUACGCCGGGUUCACCCAUUGCGGACGAGAAGGCUAGAGUCGCCAGCGGUGCUAUGUGCGAAGGGGGCGGAGAAACUACUGGCUUGUUAGAGGAGCAGCCCUUCUUUCCUGCAUCAUCUUCAUCUUCUGAUUUCCCAGCUACAUUUGAUUCUGGGGAGAAACCGCAAGCGAAUGUCAAACUUUUGCAUCCGGAAUACCGCUGUUCUCCGAGCAUUGAAGAUAUUAAUAAGAUGACUACCGAGCAGCAGAAAAGCAUAGAAAACUUCAAAAUAUGGAGAAUCCAAACUAAAGACGAUCUGAUUGACACGAGCCCCAUUGUUGCCUCCGUUGAAUGGCCCGGGCUCAGCGACGUCUCUGGGUUGGAUCUUGACGCAGUUGUGCAUAUUGAGGACAGACACGUGACCGUCUACCCUGAAGAAGCUUGCAAACCAUCGGUCGGAGAGAAACUGAACAAGCGUGCCCGCAUCUCCAUUUACAACUGUUUCCCUAAAGAUCGCACAGACCCAGAACAGCUUAGGAAACACGAAGCGAAGCUGCAGCGAUCCGCCGAAGGGAUGAAGUUUAUUUCCUACGACCGCAACACUGGCGAGUGGAAGUUUGAGGUGGAUCACUUUACUAGAUACGGCCUCGACAACUUAUAUUCUGACGAAGAGACGGAAGACAUUGGUUGUGACCGCCCGCACCACGUGGUGUUAGCUCAGAACUCACUAGUAAAACCUCCUUAUAAACGGCAAACAAGAGACAACUUUUCUCACGUGCUUGGCCUCGACCCACGGCGGAUCCGCUUUCUUCAACGAUUUCUUUUUUGCAAAACUUGCGAAUCGCAAUUGAUGAACUUCUUCCCCUUUUCGCAAUCACCACCGCCUUCUAUAUAUAAAAUGAAAUAUGAGCAUUCUCUGCUCCCUGUCGAGCCAUCGGGAGCUGGGACGGAGGAAAAGGAAACCUCGUGGAUGCCCUGUUACGUAGCUCCAGAGCAGCAACAACUUUUGCAAGUACCGCCACCAUUCGCCAAUAGUCAAUUUUAUCGUCGAGAUUUGGGGCGGUCCUACCGCAGUGCAUUCCGGUUGGUAGACGGAGUUGCCCUCUUUAUCGAUUCAAGGCGAGGUGGUGGUGUAGUAAAGGCAUUUGCUCUUGUGGGGACCCUAAGGACAAAGUGUUCCCCAAAACUUAUCCCUCGCAAGUUUUUUGAAAGGGAGUCGCUUUAUAAAACCGAGAAGUGUUUGAGCGCUCAGAAGCUAUUGAGCGCACCUUUAGGACGUCCCUCCGAAGCUCUUUUCUCGUGGCGCUUGAGGAGCGAUAUUUCGGAAACCUCAGAGGACACCUUCCAGCAAGCAGCCACUAAUCUCUGCCUGGAACUUGCUAGCCUGGAGGAGUCUGCCGAGGGCUCAUAUAGUACGCAUAUGUGGAAGCUUGUGGCAGGUCUUUGGCGCAAUGAAGGAUGCAACGGACUUGAUAAUGCGGAGGAAGGCAGACGUCUUUUCCGCUUUCUCAUAGAUUGGCUUAAACUUGCCAAUGAGCAUGAAGUCGACCUUAAAACUGCCUCUCUUGAUGCCCGCCAGCGAGACCAGUAUAGAGAUCUGUUGAUUACUCUCUUGUCUGGAGGACAGACAAAUAAGGCCGUGGCAACUGCCCGCUCGAAUGGCGACGGACGCCUCGCCAUUCUUCUCACACAGGCGGGUGGCUCGAAGGCUUUUCGCUCUCUGCUCCGUCAGCAGGUGUCAUUGUUUAGAGAUCGAGAGUUAAAGGGCUGUAUCAGCAGCGAGUACUUGGAUCUAUACAGCCUCUUAACUGGAGACUUGAAUGGCGUGGAGCACCACAUGCACUGGAAACAAGCGUUCAUGAUGUACCUACUUUACCAUUGCGUUCCAGGGUCUACGGUGGACGCCGCGUUAGACGCUUAUAUUUAUUCGUGGGCUCUUUCGCCUAACCGUCCGGUGGCUCCAUGCUUUGACGUCUCUUUGGACCACUAUAAGAGGCCUUUGGACACUUGCUUCUACCUCAUAUUAUUAAAAACUAAAAAAUUUGGGGCCUUUCACUUGAAGCGCCUUUUUUCCCCGCUGAGUUACGCGCAGGCCUUGAUUGAUGUGGAGUUGCUGGGUCCUCACCGACCAGCAUGGCAACUUUUCUCCGUCCUAAAGCCCAUCUUAAGCAACCACACUACAAACUUCGAAGGCGUGGAAGAGCUUCUGACUGGCAACUUUGCCGGUGAGUUGGAAUACUGCGGUCUCUGGCUUUGGGCAGUUUUUGCAUUGUUUCACUUGGAACAGAUGAAUGUGCAAGCUUGUGUGCGGGAACUACUGACCCGCCAUGCCCACGAGCUAAAUGACACCCGCAUAGAAUGGCUUGGAAAUAUCGGUGUGCCUCUGUCAUGGAUACACGAAGCAAAGGCCUCACACGCUUUGUGGUACGGCCACUACACUGAAGCAUGCCUGUCGUUCGGGCAGCUCGAUAGGGAUAACCUCCUUCGCGCGUCGCUCCCUGCCGUGCUGGCUAAUUAUGUGCUGCCAUUCCACCUCUGCCGAUAUUUCACUGAACAUAUAGACCCCUCCGCUGCCGUAGCACUGGAUGCACUCAUAGCGGAAACUGAUGACGACCUUUUGAGCGCAUACAGGGCGGUAUUUAGCGGAGAUCUGCACGGCUGUGACAUUGCUAUGCGGAGAUGGAGCCGGCGUGGUAGUACAAAGCUUAGCCAUGCAGGAAGAUUCGCACUGGAGUUGAUUGCUGAACGACUUAUGCUCGAUUUGGAAGACGAUAAUUGCGGAAGAACAUGUGGACUACUAGUGAAGAACCGUAUUAGGCUGUUGGAUAGACUACUUUGCAACUAUGCUGAUACAUUCGAAAUACAACAAUAA